AUGUGGGCGUUGUGCAAAUGCGGUGGUUUUAUCCACAACGCGCUGGUACAUAAAUGGCAGGAGCUCGCCGCUGGUGAGCGUCAACGAGCCCGCGGAUCGAACGCUCAGCGACAGCCCCUUGUCUGUCGGGAUGCAACAAACUAUGAUCGCUACAAGUUCUUCCCGAAAGAGUACCGUCGUGCCGGCGCUUCAAAGCGCGGCACACGAACGCCUUGGCAGUCCGCUUCUGGGGCGAGAGGUGCGCCCUACCAGAGGCCGCAGCCACCGCCUCCGCGAGCGCCUCCGAGUCAGAGCGCUGGAGACGGCUCAUCAGAUAUGGAGGCUCAGGCACUGCGCGCGAUGAAGUGUCUGAAGGAGCACUUUGGUCUAUCGGAGUUUUGGCCGGGCCAACUAGAAGUGAUUCUGCGCGUUUUACAGGGACACUCUUCGUUGGCGAUAUUUCCCACUGGCGGCGGUAAAUCGCUCUGUUUCCAGGUCCCUGCAAUGUUGCUCGAUGGACUGACGCUGGUGGUCUCUCCACUUAUCGCCCUCAUGCGUGACCAUGUCGAGAUGCUCCAGAACCAGGGUAUCCCAGCGAUGCAUAUUCAUUCAGGGAUGUCGGCCCCAGAGGUGCGGCAAACCUAUCGGCUGCUCAGUGAACGUGCCAUACGCAUUCUGUUCGUCGCACCCGAGCGCUUUGUGAAUGAGAAAUUCCGCCAAGUCAUUGCAAGACUGCAGGUCUCACUCUUCGUCGUCGACGAGGCGCACUGCCUUUCCGAAUGGGGCCACACAUUUCGUCCCGAGUAUCUGCUCCUGCGGCAGUUCGCUCAGGGCGCGGGUGCCAGAGUCUGUCUGGCGCUAACCGCCACCGCGACCACACGCGUUGUAGACGACAUCUGUCGUCAUUUCCAUAUCCAUUCUGAGAACGUGAUCCGUGCGAGUGUGCACCGGCCGAACUUGACGCUACGCUGUACGCCUGUAGGCGAAUUCUUCGGAACCUGGUCACCCGAUACCGACAAGGAUGGGCGCCUGGAGCGGCGGGUAUUCUUACUCGUGGAACGCUUGCUGUCCCGACCGCGCGGAAGCACCAUCGUGUACGUCACGACGCAGAAGACUGCGACGGCAGUGGCGGAGCUCCUGGUCACCAUGUACAGCCUUCCUGCGGUUGCCUACCAUGCCGGCAUGACGACAGAGGAGCGAGCUUCGGCCCAAAACAUCUUCAUGAGCGGGCGAGAUACAAUUAUUGUGGCCACUAUCGCGUUUGGAAUGGGCAUUCACAAGCAAGAGGUCCGUUACGUUUACCUCUUUAACAUCAGUAAGAGCAUCGAGGCCUACACACAGAGUAUUGGACGCGCGGGGCGCGAUGGAGAACCCGCCAUCUGUGAACUUUUCCUCUGCGCUGAUGAUCUGCCCGCCCUCGAGAGUUUUGUGCUGAGCAGCACCCCAUCUCGCCGAGCUGUUCAUACGCUUCUAGAGUCGCUUUUUGGCAGCACUGUAGGUCUCGCGGAGGAGCACAUGACGGCUAGCGCUAACGCUCCCGAAAGCCCGAACAUUCGGUACAUGGAGAAGAUCGCUGUGCGCGAAGAUCAGGUGGCGCUUUCUUUCUUUAACUGCGGAAGAGCGCUGGAUAUUGAGGAAACUACUAUUCGGGUUUUGCUUGCUUUCUUGGAUUUGAAAGGAGGAUUUAUUGAGGAACAAACUGCCUACUACGCUCACUGCGAGGUCGAUCUCCUGCCGAAUACGAGUGUCGAGGAGACCUUGCACCUCCUGAGGAGGGAUGUCUCUGUGCCCGAAGGGGUUUGGCGAGCGGCCCGGCUCAUCUUGAAUCCGUCUGUGAAGGUUGGCCGGCGUCGCACCAGCGACAACAACCUAUUCAUGCGGAUCGAUAUCCACGAUGUCGUGCGAGCACGAACGGCGGCAUUUGCGCAUCCCGUGCCGUCUGGAGCGACCACCCGGGAACUUGUCUACUCUGCUCUCGAGCUUCUCCAGUCUUUGGGUAUCGUUAGAAGUAUCAAGUUCAGCCAUCUGUAUCACGUAUUUCGUAUUGUGGCGAAGCCGAGUGAUAUGCAGCAGCUUGCGGACGAUCUUUACCGCUCCAUGCUCCGACGUGAACAGCAAGAGCUUUUUCGGAUUCGCACCACUGCGGCGCUUUUCCUCGGAGCAGAACCUAGGCCGGGGAACAAAUGGGUUGCGAGCCGGGGCUCUCGUUGUUUUGCCCGCUCGUUAUGCGCCCACUACAAUGAGAUUCUGGUGCACAAGUGCGGUCGCUGUGAGCUAUGUCUCGCCGCAGAGGGUGCGCUGGGUGAAACGCCCGGAAUGGAACGUCUUCGUGAACGCAUCCUCAAUGGCGGCAGUACCGAACUGGAGUCUCUGAAUGCAGUACUCGCGGACGAGAAAUGGCAGCAGCUCAUUGUGCAAGUGCCGGUGCUACGCACUUGCUCGCGGUUGUUGGCUCGCUUCGCAUGGGGCGCCACCUCACCAAAGAUACUAUCCAUGAAACUACAGGCGCACCCGCUGUUCGGCUGUUUGCAGGGGCGUUACCGAUACGAACAGGUGCUGGAAGCUGCAGAGCAUCUGCUGCAGGGAGAUGAUCUGCUUCAAGAAAGCCCGACGACUGUCGCAUGA